CGGAAGCGUAACCGCCCACUACAAAGAUGGAGGACGAUAUCUCAGAUUUGAGCAGACCACAAAUGUACUUGUUUGGUUGUACCCUCAAAUCGGACAAACGGGAGUUCAAAAUUGACGUAGACGACGAUGAUACGGAGCAACAGCUGUCACUCAAAGCAGUGUGUCUGGGAGCCGAGGCUGAGGAUAAGUUCCACAUGGUGGAAGUCGAGGGCCUCACUUAUGAUGGAAAAUCGACCAAAGUGCCGCUGGUUGCCCUGAAACCAUCCGUCCUGCCUUCUAUGAGUUUAGGUGGAUUUGAGAUCACACCUCCAGUUACGUUCCGUCUUCAGUCCGGUUCUGGACCAGUUCACAUCAGCGGGCAGCAUUUUGUUAGUGUGAAGGAUUCAGAGGAUGAAGAGGAGGAGAACAACACGUCACCGGUGAAGCGACCUGCAAGCCUGAUGUCUGGGAAGAGGCCUCCGCUGAAAAAAAUAAAGAUGGAUUCUGACGACGAUGAAGACGACAGCGAUGAGGAUGAUGAUGAUGAUGAUGAAGACGACGACAGUGAUGACAAUGAUGUGAAGCCUCAGAAGAAUGUCGGAAAAGAGCUCAAAAAAGGCCCAGAGUUUUCAGUAAAGAAGCCCAACAAGACUCCGGUGAAACAAAACGGCCCUGCAGGAAAACCAUCAGGAUCGGCGGUCAAACCACAGAAUAAGACACCUGCCCCAGGAAAAGACAAACCCCAGGCUGGCCCGUCUAAAUCUCCCUCACUGACUGAGAUUAAGACCAAGUUGUCAACGGCGGCCAAGGAGGGAAAACCACUACCGAAGACGGAGCAGAAGUUUGAGAACUUCGUGAAGAGUUCAUUUAAAAUAAUAGACAAAAAAGUGGUCAAGGACCUUUGGAGUUUUGUACAAACACUGAAGAUUGAGAAGAAGUAACAAACCGUGUACGCUUUGAAGCAUUUGUAUGUUUUGCAUCCUGCAAGACAUUUAAAGGCACAGUCAGCGAGAUUUCCUACUCGGCCUUAUUAUGUCAUCAUUGCUAAUGACUCGGAGUAAACAGAAGGACUGAGUGCUGAGAAGAGGUAAAGCCAUUUAUGAUUCAGGUGUUAUCAUUUUUGUUAGAUGCGAAGCGCCUCCUGGAACUUGCUCAUUCACGUUUAGCAGACAGGCUUUCCAUUUCAUCGCAUGCCAAUAUGCACCCCCUAUAGGGAAGGAAAGUAAAAGCAUCACCAAUUAGAACCUGCAGAUGUCUUUGCUGCAGGAAGGACAUAGCUGCUGCAUUUUUAACAUUUGCGCCACCUGUAGGCAAUAAAUGUUGCACCUGCAGAGUUUUACAGCUGCAAUAAAUAACAGAUAUGUAAACUGGCAACAACAUAAUCCAAGCAUUCAGAGCCAAAGACAGACCAGACAGAAUCUAGUCAAGUUAGUCAUGGCUAAUAUUUUUAUAUGGUUCUUCUGUUCCUCUGUCCUACCCCUUCUUUUUCAACAGUAUCUUUUAAAAAUAUAUAUAUAUUACUACAGGGAGUCACCAAAGACAAAAAAUUUCAAAUCUCACACAUGGAAUAAAAUAUACACUCGUACAGCAGCAUGUGGUGUAACCGUCAAAUUACAGAAGCCAUUCCUUUCCUUGCCUGUAAAAGGGAAGAUCGGCAUGCCAACAUCUUACUCUCUACACAUGUAGUCAGUGCAACUUAACAUUGGCUGAGCCGGCUUUGAGGUGCUUCGCAUCCCCAGCACUGUGUGUCCUCUUUACGUCAACAAUGCAAUAGGAGAUAUUGCAGAAUGUGCCUUUAAAUAUCUCUACUGUAAACUGAGAUAAAUCAGUCCCAUUUUGUGUGAAUUGAGCAGCACAUGCAAGGAUGGUCAAGACAAGUGAAAUGGAGAGAAUAGCAGUAUAUUUUUCCUCCGAAGUGUUAUGUUAUUUUUUAGUUCUGUCUGGCUUUAAAAAGCAGUUUUAGCUUGCGAAACAUGCUUAGAUUCGUCUGGCAUACUUGCUCUAUACAUAUUGUACAGGAAUUUGUCUGAGGUCAAGAUAGCAGUUUUUUUAAUUGUCAUUCAAUUUGGUCAUAGUAACUCAUGCAGCAGAACCUGCAGUAACUCUUUUUUUUCCUGCAGUGAAAAGCUUCAGCUGCUUAUGAAAUAUUUCACUUUAAAAGAAAAGAAUGCAUCUAGAAACAGUAAGAUCCAUUUACGUUCACGGAUGUGUGCAGUUGCUGCUGUUACAUAUCUUCUCCCGUCAAUCUGAUGAGUUAAGUAAAGAAAUGUUUCAUCUCGUGUUUUUAUCAGGAAUACAUCUGACAUUUCUGGAUGACAGCUGUCAUUGUUUGGAUCAGUGUCCACCAAAGUGGGUUUUUUUUAUUUUUCUCCUGAGGUCAGCUAUUUUUCAAAAAUCAUUUUUAGUGGGAACACAGCAUGCUCACACUUUGCUACAAACACCAGCAGUGUGAAGAGGUACUGAGCGUCUGUUCUGAGCUGAGUGCUGCAUCACAGUGGAGGAGGGGUGUAACAAAUACCAUGAAGACCAACUGUCACAUCUUACAUGUAGCCUAGCAAAAAUGGAGGAUAAAUCUGUUAAUUUACUGGGGAGGAAGGGACAGUUAACUUUUAAUCUUGAGGUGUUUUUUUAAUCUUGUGUGUAUGUGUCCCUUUUUAUCAUUCUGUGUCCCCUCUCUAUAUUCCCACGUUUGCGGGUUGAGAGGAGGAACUGCUGCAGAGAAAAAUGAAUGCAAACUUUUAGGAGCAGAGUGUGGUGCAGUGUACAACCAGACAUGACAUAUAUUUCAACAAUGCUGCGACUGAACAGUCCAGCUCCAAAAAUAUAAAAUCAAUAUGUGGUGUCAGAUAUUUUGAUUGUGGCAGACUGCCACAGUUCAAUAAUGUGUGAGAAUCCCUGCCAUGUGCUAAAUGCUUUUUUACAUUUACGGAUAUUUCGUAUUAAAACACCUUGACGCAACCAAAGCACUGCGCCUCCAAAGCGCUCCCCACUGGGUGUUUCCUGAUGAGCGCCUGGUGCAUUCAGCUGGAAAAAAAAACACUUUGGUGGACACGUGGCUUUAAUGUUUAAUGUUUUGAAUGCUUUCAGUACAUAUGUAGUUUACUUGGUUAGAUGAACUUGCAGAACCUGCUUACAUUAUAAACCUGUUGACUGGACUUAUUUCAGAUGGCAUUUUUUGCAGUGUGAAUUCAUAUCAAGCCCAUUAACAUCUGUGAUUACCUGAGAGGGUUUUUUUAUUACAGGGAUUACAACCAAAAAUAAUCUGUAGCAACAUGAUCAUCAGAGCAGAACACAAGACAUUAUCAAGAGUAUUAUGAGCCCUGUUAAACAAACACAGCUGCCCUGACACUAAAUGUUUUUCUUUAAACUAAUGCACAUACAAAAAGUUACACAUCGACAGCUCCAGGACUAUAUUUACAACGUGGCAUUAACACGGUUGUAUUUCAGUGUACUCUAAUGUGCUAAAAAAAAAAGAAGAAGUUACAAGCCUAUGAACACAGAAUAUCUUAUUUAUUACAACAUAAUCAUAGGUAUAUAUCAGAAAAUGACAUCGGCGUAUCAUCACGUCACCUUUACAGAAACCCCAUAAAGAACUCAACCCCAUAAUUGUUUGCACUCUGUUGCUAUCAGUGCUCUGAUGACAAUAAGCAAUCGCUCAGUGCUUAUGUGUUUACGGUCCUGUAUAAUGUCUUUUAUGAGCCAAAUGUUGGCAGUUGGUUGCCAUCUUAAACCAAUCAAACAGCUUGGUUUAACCCUUCCCAUGUAUUUCAGAUUCCUGAGCUGUAAACGUAUUCGGUGAUUAAAGUCGACCUGAGAAUUUACCGAAACAUUAAAUUUUAAUGUCAGUAAUUUCCACUUUGCAGCGAGUUUUCAGUAGAAGCAGGAUUUAUUUUGGGCUUGUGUAUGAGUUCAUGACUGAGUCCUUCAUUGAUGAUUUUUAAUACUUCCCUUCUUUUUUCUGUACAGAACUCUCUUGCUUUUAUUUCCAGAUACGGCAGCUAAACAAUUAUGUUUUUAAGUGUACGCUUAAUCCGCCCUUGCUGAUAGCUGGUAUUGCAGCUUUGAUCUGUUGUCAUGAACUUUUAUUUGAAAUGUCGUGUUCUAGUUUAGUUUAGAAGUGUUUUAUUCUGCUUAUGAAACCCCUUUUUAAAAUGUCUGAAAUACUAUCCUGGUUUUGUUAGCAUGUAAUUUUAGCCCUGCUGUUUUUCAUCUUCACAUUGUCCUUUUUUGUAAUUCUGUUAUUUUGACAUCAGUACCUAAAUAUGUCCAGAUGAAACAGAUUGUGAGCUUUGUUGAUGACGUGAUGCACGUUUAGGGCUCUUUUUUUUUUUGUCAUAAAAAAAAAAUGUGUUUGAAAUUUGGCUUUCAAAAAUACAAUUUGCAGCUACAAGCAUGAUAAAACAUUGAGUUUAGAACAGCAUUAUACUUAAAGUUUCUGGAUUAUUAUUAGUGGUAAGUAUCUACUAUUGUGUUGGAUUAAAAUAGUCCUCAGAUUUAAUACUAUUUCGAUCUAAUGACUCUCCGUAUUUGCUUUAUCCAUAAUAUUGCCUUGUGUCUGUAAUCUGAGGAACCCGGUGUCAGACGCCAGCGUGUGGUGAGAGGCAUCUUCAGUUUGAAUUGACCAGAGAGUAGGCUUAUUCUCUGCAUAUGUCAAUGCAAAUUAAAUUGUAAUACACUGUACUAUUGGUAUGAGUAGAUGACGGUUUUGCUGACUCAACGUGUGUCAAAGGAAAGUGCAUUUUGUCCAUUUAGUAAAACGUUAUUGAUUACUUUAUGCAUGACUGCUGACAGUGGAAAUUCAUACAUUCACAGUUUAAGACAAACAUAUCCAUCCUUUUUUUUUUAAUUUACCUGUAACAUUUACCUGAAUAAAGUGAAUCCCAUUUGG